AUGAAGUUCUCCAGUGCCCUUUUGCUUGUCAAUAUCGUCGCCUUUUCCGAUGCUGGUGCCCCAAAGGUGUCUAUGCCCAAGGUUUCGGUUGGACUGAACGUCGGAGAAGAUGCUGCCGGAAAACCUCUUGGAGGAUUGGAACCCAGAGUCCAAUGGCAACAAACUGGGACUGUGGCUGGAUGUGAUGUCGAGGGAGGUUUCAGUGCCGAUAUCACCAACACCGAUGAAGUCCCUUCCCCAUCUUAUUGGGGAAAGAUCAAGAAAUCUUUCGAAGGCAUUGGUGAUCUCAGCCUCCGAGGAGAUGUUGAUUCCGCCUUUAUGGAGAAAGUUGCCUUGGAACUCCGCGCUAGUGGAUAUGGAACCGAUGCCCAAGUGCAAGGAAGCGUCGACACGAAAUCCAGGACUGGUUCUGUUUCCAAGAUUCAAGUUUCCAAGACUGUAGAUGCCCUUGGUGGAAGCCUAAAGGUGAACCCCAGCUACAAUGUCCCAUCGUCUGCUGUCGGCGCCAAGAUUGGAUACUCUUUGGACAAUACAAGCGUCCAAGUGGAUUCCACUGCGAAAAAGAUUACCGUUGCCCAUUGCUUUGGCAAGGACACUGUCACUCCUAGUGUCACUACCGGUGGUGAUUUUAGCCUUUCUUACAGCAGAACACUCCCCGAAGGAACUGUGACCACUUCUUGGACUCCUGAUGAUUCCAUUGGCGUCACUUGGGACGAUGGUGAAUGGCAAACAACCUUCAAGGCCCCCCUUGAUGGACUUGUCAAUGUCAAUCAAGGUAUCAAGGUGAACAUGAGACGCACUAUUGAUUUCAACUAG